UCACAUGGAAAGCCCCAGUCGUCACCCUCUCUAGAGAAGCGCCAGCAGUAGUCGAACCGCACCAAGAAGAAGAGCUAAAGACGGACAGUAGUGGGGAAAAUGGAGGUUUCGAGCCGCAGGCGUACUCGUUCCCAGGCGGCCCCGGACUGGAAAGUGAAUGAUUCUCUCAUUCUGGUGAAUGAGAUGGCAGCGAUUGAAGUCGACUGUUCAAAAGCUUUGUCUUCCUAUCAGAAAUGGAAGAUAAUUGCUGACAAUUGCACUGCUUUGGGUGUACUUCGCGAUCUGAAUCAGUGUCGUCGGAAAUGGGAUUCCUUGCUCUCCGAGUUCAACAAGAUCAAGCUGUUUGAUUUGUAUUGGACUUCGGACAAACAAAAGAGAAAACAACACGGCCUUCCUGAGGAUUUCGACCAUGAGCUGUUCAAAGCUAUCGAUGCUUACUUGAGGCUCAAGGAGGACGAAGCUGACACUGAACCGGAUAGUGACCCAGAAGCAGAAGCUGACAUGCUUAAAUCAAUUGCAGAACUAGUAGGGUGCAAGAGGCAGAAGCGGCGAUUGAUGCACGCGAAGAACUAUGCAGAAGAAGUGCCUCCAACAAGCUGUGCACAAGCAUUGCCUCAGAUAUCCUGCACACAAGGAGAGACACACAGAGAAUCCAUAGAAGAAACACCUCAAAAGAGCUGCACAGAGGAAAAGGAGAGAAACAUUAAUAUUGUAGGAGAAAGGGAGCAAAUGAUGGUGGAGGAACUGCGUGAGAAUGCACAACUAAUUAAUGACAUUGUGAAAGGGAACAUCGCUGGGAGUGUCGUCUAUGAGGCUGCCAACAUGAAUGCUACUAGUGCUGAGGAUUUCCAUGCUGAUUUUGUGAAGCGUCAAGGGGACAGGCUCAUUGCUUGCCUUGGAGAUGUUGUUGAUACCUUGAAUAGAUUGUUUGAUAUGUAACAAGACUCGCAUAUACCUAUCGGAUAUCCAGCUAGCACUAACCAGCUAGUAUAAUAUUGUAUAUAUACAACUAAUGAUGGGACUCUUAUGUGGAUCUCAUCAUAAUCCCAAUAAUUUCAAUGAAUUGUUGGCCACCCUCUUCCUUUAAAUGCUAAAAAAUCUGCAUGCAUGAUUUGGA